AUGCCUUGUAAUCUUAAUACCAUUUGCUACAUAGACCAACAUAACAAAACGGCUGAAAAAUCAAAGUUUAUAGCUAAUGUUGUAGAAAUAAUUAGUUUUCAACAUCAAAAUAUCAAUAUUUUCAUCCAUAUUACAGCUUUUUAUCCAAAAAAUACAACUCAAGAUACUGACUUAGAAAGGUUUAAGAAAGAAGAUAUUAUUCAAGUUCAAGGUAGAUUUUCGGUAACUGAAACAGAUGUUGAUGAUAUUGGUAUAGUAUCGGAUAAUCCAGAAGUUAGUGAUGACAAAAUUACCUUAAAUAUCACUGCUAAAGAAUAUCUCAAUGAUCAGCUUAAUAGCUCUCUUUUGUUUAAUUUAUACUACUUUCCAGAAGAAACUCACUUACUUUCAAUUUCUACAAAAGCUUUGCGCAGUUCUUCUUUAUAUAUUACUGGUCAUUUAUCAUUUAUUGAAAACUUUUUACUUAUCAAAAUUACACAAAUUAAUUUUAUAGAAUCAUUCUCCUCACUAUCAUAUAAACCUUCUAAUUAUGCUUGGAAAAAAAAGCAGAUAAAUGAACCUUCUUCAUAG